AUGAGAGUCUGGGUCAUUCCGACGGUCUUCCUGUACACAAUAUUUUGUUCAGAGUCAGGUAUCGCUUCUUUGCUUCGUAGUCAAGGUAACAACACAAUCAUAGCUCUACUGCCUGUUCACACAAGCACUGCAGACUCCAAGCAAUGCUCGAAUGAAGUUCAUUUUAAAUCUGCCGUUGAAAGUCAAGCGUUAGAGUAUGCAGUCCAGAAAGUAAACUCAGAUCCAAAUUUCAAAGAUCAGAUUUCGCUCGGCCUCGACAUUGAAAAUAUGUGCAACAAAACACCUCAAAACGUGAUAAAUGUGAUAGAGACGUCGUUUAAAAGAUAUAAAACCCCAAAACCAAGUUCGUUUAUAGUCGACCUUUCAGAUUUGUUAACUCGACUGGUCCUAGACGGAUCCAAAAAUGUUCCUGUUUUUACCCUGGGGUCCCAUCGCCCACGUGAUGACGCAUUUACUCCAUUUAUCUUCGAACCGAGCAAACCGCGAAUCGGGAACGCUGUCGAAACAUUACUUCAACUACUAAACUGGACAGCUUUUGAUGUUUUAGUGGCGAAUGCGAGCGACUACGAGUAUUUUAAGGACGUGACAAAAACCUCUGAAGUUUGUGAAAAUCGUGUGUUUUAUGAACAAUCUAUUUCGGGACAAACCCUCAACAAUGACAAUGAAACAUAUCCGCUUUUGAUCUUUUCUGAUACCAUCAAAACGCUCACAAAUCUACCGGCGAAAUUAAAAGGACGCAAUGCUAUAAUUGCAAGCAACUUUUUAGAAAUCGAUGAACGUUUCCCAAAAACUUUGGCUCUUAAACAGCGCGUUCCAAAUUUGGACGAAUUUGAGGAAUUUUUGCGCAAAUCUGCUCAAAAUAAUGACAGUUGGUUUGGCGGAAUGAUUCGUAAGUCCGCGCAGUUUGGAGAAUGUAAAGAACCUGGGAACGAGUCAUGUUUGUCGGAGAUACUCGGGAAGCUCUCGGGUGAACUUCGUCACGGAGGGAAAGUUAUAGACGCUGUGUACACGAUCGCGCAUGCGUUGAAAAACACUAAAAAAAGACCCCUUAGCAAUGAUGAUAUUGUGGCGACCCCUGAAUUUACAAGUCCUACUGGAAAGGAGAUUUGUUUUUCAGCAAAUAAGGAUCUAUCGAAGCUACAAUAUAGUGUUUAUAACCUCGCCAAAACUCCAGCUACUUUGCUUGGAAAUAUACAAACUCUCCCAGAUAACACAAAAGCCCAACUGUCAUUGGUCGAACUAGACUUGAAUCGUGAUACCACUGGUUGCUUAGUAACGUGUCCUGUAGGACUCUCCCCAGUUCCCACCUCGGCCAAAUGUUGUGUCACGUGUGAAAAGGAAAAUUCGACCGCGUGUGAAAAGGGACUGAGGUUGAGUGACGAUGGCUUGAAAUGUGUUGAAGUUCGCUUGGAUUAUCUGAAGUGGAAGCACCCAUUGAGUAUUGUGAUUUUCAUUCUAGUACUUUCCCUCUUUUGUGUCUUAUUCUGUUUGGUGAACCUCUAUCACAAAAAGGCGCAAAGUCCGACAGUUUUGACGUCGAAGCUCGCCACAAUGCCGCUUCUUUUGUCGCUUUUCAUCACCCUCAUCCAUCCUAUGUUGCCUAUCAUCAAACCUAGCGCUACUUCAUGUAAUGCUUAUGUAUUUGGCUUCGUCCAGGCUUUGGGUAUUCCAUUGUGCAUCCUUAUUUCUCGCUCGAAUUCUUAUUUCAAAAAAUUCCGAGAGGAAGAUGGAAGUUUGAAGAGAAAAGUGCUUCGUUCUAGCCCACAAAAUCUGAUCGCAAUUUUCCUCAUUGUCUUCCAAAUCAUUUUAUCCAUAAUCUUCAUUGCAGUCUUGUCUGCGCAUGUCGUGCACUACGAGACUGCUGACCCGUAUGUUGAUUAUAUCGAGUGCUCAACUUUCGCAGGUGGAGAAUUUUUAUUCCCGUUUUUCUUUAUCAUCAUUUUGUCGCUCUUUUUUUCCGUCAAAAAUUUCGGCGCCGAGACCGUUUCGGAAGACACGUACGAGUCUCAUUUUACCGCCAUAUUUUUCCUUGGGUUUUAUCUCCUGUCUUUUGUGAACAUCGUAGUGGUGUAUGGGGUGAUAGGCAAAGUUAAAGUGAUGCUUCUUUGUGUUUUGGGCGUGUUGCAUCUCUUGAAUUUCCUCUUCUUCAUAUUCUUGCCGAAAGUGUAUGUCAUUGUCUUGAACCGUGAUUUGAUUCGGUUCAGUCCCCCACUCUACCCGGACAGGGAAGUGUUGAUAUUUGGCGAUUUGCCUGGGAUCGAGGACGAUCAGCCUGAGCACAAGGAAGGACCACCUUAA